AUGAAUACAAAAUUCAUCAUUUUUUCAUUGUUGCUUGCCUUAGCAGCAAGUCAGACAUAUAGCAUAUCACCUUGCACUUGCACUUAAUUAUUAUCAGAAGGUGAUUGCACAAAAAAUGCUGGUCUUGGGUGUUCCUGGGAUAGUACUAAAAAAUCUUGCGGAGUUUCAACAACUCCAGUCACUCCCACCGUGACCUAUGCAGCAUAUUGUGAUACAUUUGCCUAAUCUGAUUGUCCAAAAGCUAAGCCUUGUACAGAUUGUGGAAAUUAUGCGGCAUGCGCUUGGGUUGAAAAUAAAUGCACCUAUUUCACAGGGUGCACAGCUUUUGCAAAGACAACAAAGGAGGAAUGCUAAGCUAUUAGUAAUAGAUGUAUCACAGACGGAACCCAUUGCGUUGAAAUAGAUGCUUGUAGUACAUAUAAGAAAUAGCUUCCUUGUGAUAAAAAUGCCUCUGGAAGUUUGUGUUAUUGGGAUACUACUAAUAAUACUUGUGUAGAUGCUAAUACUUGUAAUAAAUUACCAACAACUUUUGUGACUGAUAAAGAUUGCAGAGAUGUGAUUUCUACAUGUACAACUUAAACUGGAGGUGGAUGCAUAGAUAGUGGAAAUAAUUGCAGUGAUUAAACAUUAGAAAUUCAAUGUGUUUGGAAUAAAUUAAAAACAUAAGCUUGUUAUUGGGAUGGUGCAGCAUGCAAAGACAGAAUUUGUGAUAAUGCCCCAACAACCUUGACUACUGAUGAUACUUGUAAAGCUUUCAGAACAGAUGGUACAUGUACAACAAAGGCUAAUGGAGGAUGUGUAACAAGAACAACCUGUGCAGCUGCAACUAUCUAAGCUGCUUGCGUUAAAAAUAGUUCAGGAGGAGAUUGCUAUUGGAAUGGAACUGCUUGUGUUGAUAAGACAUGUGCAAAUGCUCCUACUACAAUGACAACUAAUUCAGCUUGUGGAGGUUUUGUAACAGGAUGUAUUACUAAGACAGGAGGAGGAUGCGUAGCCAA